CCCAGUUCAGUGCCCAUGUUUUGCAGGCCACUGCCCCUCUCCUACGUAGUGUUCGACGGGCCUGCGCCGCAGCCCCCACUCGUCUUCCUGCACGGCCUGCGGGGCAGCAAGGGCAACUUCCGCGCCAUUGCCCGGGCCCUGGUGCAGCGGAGCGGCCGCAAGGUGCUGACAGUGGACGCGCGGAACCACGGCGAGAGCCCGCACAGCCCCACCAUGAGCUACGAGGCCAUGAGCCUGGACGUGCAGCGCCUCCUGCGCCGGCUGCACAUCCCCAAGUGCGUCUUGGUUGGCCACAGCAUGGGCGGCAAAACCGCCAUGACACUGGCGCUGCAGCGGCCAGAUCUCGUGGAGCGCCUGGUGUCUGUAGACAUUAGUCCCACAGAGAGCGUGGCUGUGAAAGAUUUCCCGGCCUACAUCUCUGCCAUGAGGAGAGUGAGCAUCCCAAAUGGAAUCCCCCGCUCCACAGCACGCCGGCUGGCAGAGGAUCAGCUGCGUCCAGCCAUCCAGGUGUCGGCGGUAAGGCAGUUCCUGCUCACCAACCUGGUGGAGGCCGAGGGCCGUUACAUGUGGCGGGUGAACCUGGAGGCCAUUUCCCACCAUAUGGCCAAUAUCGUGGGCUUCCCUGUGUUCCAUGCCCCUUACCCAGGACCCACGCUCUUCCUAGCGGGAUCUGACUCGCCCUAUGUCAGCUCCGAGGACUACCCAGAGAUCGAGCGGCUCUUUCCCGAGGCAGAGAUCCAGUAUAUCCCAGGUGCUGGCCACUGGGUCCAUUCAGAUAAGUCCCAAGACUUCAUCACGGCCAUCUGCAACUUCCUGCUGCUGCCAUAGAGCUCCUUCCUGUGCAGGCUGAGAGAGCGCGAUUCCUGGGACUGCCUACUCCUGGAUCACCCCAUGAAGGACAUGGGGAUUCUCUUGGGGACAGAUCACUGCUGAGGUGUGGCCCCUGUCCACAAGCAGGGCCUCUGGGACGGAAGGCUCAGCACCUGACUCAUGCAUCUGUGUGGCAGGCUAGAGCAGAGAGUGAGGCAGGGCUGCACUGCCAGGGCCAGGAUCUCUCUCCACCACAUGCAGCUGGAGAUGAUUUGGCCUCAGUGCUCGUUCCAGCGGGCCAGGGCAGAUCUGGAGUUGAGGCUCCCCCCAGGCCAUCAUGCCCUUCCAUGUGCAUCCCCAACGUGUUGGGGCAGUGGCCCAUGGGCUCCCUGGCCCUGUUCUUCCCUCUUACUUGAAUCCUUUCUUUGGGAUCUUAAGGUUGUUCCCAUUCCCAGCCCCCUUCCCCAGCUGCCUCCAAGCACACACAGACCCUUCACUGGGCUGUUUCUCAGGGACUCUGAGCUCUAGGGUGGGGGAUCAGAGUCCAAUCUGUCCAGAUUCCAGCGUGCAACCCCAACCUUGCUGGAGGUUCCCAUCCUCCACCAGAGGCUGGAACCAGAGCGCUGCCUACUCUUGCACUGCCUUCCUGUAUAACUUCCUGGGACUCUGUACAGUAUUUAAAAUAAAGCCAAAUCAGCACGGCGGCAUCUAAACCUACAGGCCUUCUCCCAGAGGCAAGGCAAGGGGAGUGGGGCAGCAGUGAAUUGGGCAGCAUGGUCUCCUCUCAGCCUUAGCAGAAUGAGAGUCCAGAGAGUCUCCUUGCCUCACAACGUAAGAACCAGGGGACAUCAGUGAAAUUAAAAGUCAGGAAACUCGGAUCAGAUCAAAGGAAAUGCAGUACUGUUUCAUCCAACACAUACAACUGUGGAACUCACUGCCACUGGACAUCAUUAAGGCCCUGAGUUUAUCAAGACUCAGAUAGAGACUGGGCAUUUAUCUGGAUAACAAGAACUUCCAGACUCAACAAUUAAUGUUAAAAGAAGAGUUUUGGAAGGGAGAUUAAACCCUCCUGCUUCAAGGUUUAACUGAUCAUUAGGGAUUAGGAUAAGAUAUUUACAGGGACAGAUUAUCCCAGAGAUGCUACUCAGGGGUUCCUGGAAGCAUCUGAUGAUGGCCACUGUCCAACACAGGAUACGGGCUAAAUGGACCAGUCUGGCAAUUCCUGAGUCCUUAUUCUUUGAGCUCCUGGAUGCAGUCUUCGACUGGGGUGAGCACAGCCUGGAAUGAGGGGUGCACUGACCUUGCUAUUUUCCAGGCUCCAGAACUAUUGAUUCUUUGGUUCCAAGUUGCUGGAGUAGAACUUGCUCACCGCAGGAGCAGCAAAUGCCUCCUUAGGAUAGAUUAUAGAUUCUAAACCAGAAGGGACUAUUUUAACAUUGUCUGACCUGCAUACUGCUGGCCAGAGAACUUCCCUGAAAUAAUUCCUGGUUGAAUAGUGCAGAUCUUUUAGAAAAACAUCCAAUAUUGAUUUUUAAAUUCCUUUGGUAAAUUGUUCCAAUGGUUAAUUACCCUCACUGUUAGAAAUGUGCAGCUUAUCUCCAGUCUGAAUUUCUCUACCUUCAGCCUCCAGCCAUUGGAUCUUAUACCUUUGUCUGCUAGGUUAUUCGGCCCAGAUCCACAAAGGAUCCCAAAUUCUAUUGAAUUCUUUGUUCUAUGUUGCAUGAUUUACUAAGCAAUCCAGAUCGCUCUGUGUCA